UGAACAUUGCACUUUCAAGGUCGUGUGUGUUUGGUAAUUAUAACAGGCAAGUUGUCACGAGGCCUUAAGUGAGUUUAGAUAACUACAGGUUUCGUACUACUAUCUUUUUAUCCUAAAUCCUUGUUAUGUCUACGUUACCUGAAGGUUGGGUAUCUCGAAUCAGCUCUAGUAGUGGAAAACCAUACUAUGUUAAUACAGUUACAAAUGAGUCACAAUGGGAAUAUCCUCAGCAUCCAGUCAUAUCCACAAAUAAAGUUCGAUGCUUACACUUACUAGUGAAGCAUAAUGAAUCUCGACGUCCCUCAUCUUGGAAACAACAGAAUAUCACUCGAUCUAAAGAUGAAGCCUUAGAUUUAAUAAAAAAAUACAAACAACAAAUUGAAGCUGGUGAAUGUACAUUUGAAGAACUUGCCCGAACUGAAAGCGAUUGCAGUUCAGCUCAUUCUGGUGGUGAUUUAAAUUUCUUUAGUCGUGGUCAAAUGCAAAAACCAUUUGAAGAUGCUGCAUUUAAAUUAGAAAUUGGUGAAAUGUGUGGUCCUGUAUAUACAGAUUCUGGAAUUCAUUUAAUCAAACGAAUUGCAUAAUAAAACAAUAAUAGGCAAUUAAAUUGAAUAUAAAACUUGAAAUAUUUCACCCUUUUGCAUUUGAUUUAAAUAAAAGAUCAUGUUUAUUAAUAGUGCUUGAUUUCCUUUCUUUCUUAAAAGUCAGUAACCCAGUAUUUCAGUUAAUUGUUUAUGUAUUGUAAAUUUUCUACCUUUUUGGACUGAAGUGGUUAAUAGUGAUUUGGGAAUUAGUUUUGUAUAUCGUUUCAUGAUGUUUUGUCUUAUGUAAGUUGGAUUGUCUAUUCCUUAAGUUUUUUUUAUAUUUAUAGCAUAAUGCUAGAUAAUAUCGCAUCAACAGUGAAU